UUAUGCGAUAAACGCCGACUGAUUUGAAUCCUCUAAAAAGAGUGUAUCUAUCUUUUGGCACCAUAUUUAUUUCAAGUACUGCUUCCUGAGCCUUUCCUUCGAGUGUUAAAACACAGUUGGGGCUCGUCUUUUCAGUUCUACGCUGGUGCUAAUUCCCAGAUCUGCAUCUAUUUCCUCCAUCACUCGUAGUUUUCUGUUUUUAACGGAAUUGGCGAAAGUCAUUACGCAGCCAUCUUGUGUUGACAAAACUACGUUCUACGACCAGCGUCAAUAACAGAGAAACAACUUUAAAAUAUAAAACAAUCAGCUGCCUUAUUUAUUUAUUUAUUUAUUUCGCGUGACACAAACAAAAUCCACAAUAGCUUUCUGUCAGCCUCCUGCCGCUUGAUCCCUUCUGUUUUCUCGUUCCUCCAUUUCUCCUGAUUUUACGUUCUGAGUUCAAAUUCUGCCAAGAUCAGCUUUGUCUUUCAUCUUUUUGGAUUUGAUAAAAUAAACCAAGCAUUGGAAUCGAUGUAAUCGACCAGCCCCCUCCUCUAGAAUUUCAGACCUUCUACCUGUAGCAGAAAGGAUUAUAUGAAGUUCGCUUGCCCGAAAGUUUCAACCAAUCAGCAACCGCCUUUUAUCGUCCACUCGACUCUCCACUUUCAAACCUCAACUUGCAGCCAUUUUUCAUACAUGAGACUUUUCAAUUUAGUUACCUAAAAUCUCUCUGGACUGACUACUUUAUUAGGUUAACUGUCAGCUGUAACAUGUCUGUUAUGGAUGAGUAUAACAACCAAGCGAGUGAGAGUUUCUGGGAGAUAGGAAAAUAUAACCGGAGUGUAAAACGGAUUGAAAAUGGCAGUAAACUUUGUGACAGUUUAAGGCAGUUAAUUGAAACAAGAAGUGAUAUAGAAAAAUCUUAUGCAAAGCAGCUUUCACAGUGGUCUAGAAAAUGGAAUGACUUCCUUGAAAAGGGUCCUGAAUAUGGUACCACCCAGUCAGCAUGGAAAAGUGUCUUAACAGAAGCAGACAAGUUGUGUGAACUACAUACUGAAGUAGCAGAACGAUUAAUGACUCAAGUAUAUCUACAAGUUAAGCAAUGGAACAAAGAAAACUACCACAGGACUAUGAUGAAUUUUCGUGAAUGUAAAGAUAAGGAAGAUAAUUUCAGAAGGGCUCAAAAACCAUGGAUGAAGCGUUAUAAUAAAUUAAUGGUUGCCAAAAAGGAAUACCAUUCUGCAUGCAAACAAGAAAGAAGUACAGCUAAUCAAGAAAACAAUGCCAAAGGGGAUCCUUCAGUUCCUGUGGAUCAAGUAAAAAAACUUGGAGAAAAAUUAACAAAGUGUAAGGCUGAAGUAGAAGCAUCGAGAGAUAAAUACAAAGCUGCAUUGCAUGACUUGAACAGUUAUAAUCCUAAAUAUAUUGAAGAGAUGACUUUUGUUUUUAAUGAAUGUCAAGAAAUGGAAUUUGCUGAAAUAUAUCGUCAGUUUUAUCAAGAGAUAAAUUGUGGAGACUGUGAGAAAGAUUUAAGGUGGUGGUCUAAUAUUUAUGGUGCUGGAAUGUCUAUGAACUGGCCUGAAUUUGUCGAAUACUCCCCAGAACUGCACAAUAUCACCAAAACAAAAAAGCAAACAUUUGGUUCCAAUGAAGGCAUCACCAUAACAGGUAUCAAACACAACCGUGAAAGUUAUGCUGCCAAUUCAGACCAUCCUCCUGCAGGGUCCAAUUACCAAAACUCACCCAGGCAGAAAGGACCUUUGAACACUGGCAUAAAAAUCAACCCAACUACUCAGUCACCUCCAGGUAUGGGACCUUUAGGGCCUCAAGGAUGUGGUGCUGGACCAGCUAAAUAUGGAAUGGAUCCACGUUCCCACCUUUCAAGUCCCCGUGGCAUGAGACCACCUGGCAUGGGUCCAGCUGGCAUGAGACCACUUGGCAUGGGUCCACCUGGUAUGGGUCCACCCGGCAUGGGUCCACCUGGCAUGGGCCCACCCGGAAUGGGACCACCCGGAAUGGGACCACCUGGUAUGGGUCCACCCGGUAUGGGCCCACCUGGUAUGGGUCCACCUGGUAUGGGUCCACCUGGUAUACGACCACCAGUAAUAAAUGAGCCAAAAUUAAGUCCAGCAAAUCGACGUGGUAGCAUGACCCCACAGCCUCAGGGUCCACUUAACCCAAUGAUGAGACCCCUGAUGAAUCAAAACGCACCUGCAAUUCACAUAGAAGAGAGGAGACCUAGCUCUCCAUCGCCAGUCCCAAUCAGAAAGAACCAGUAUAGAGGAAUACCUGAUAACUUUGACCAAGAAAUUCGAGAUAUGAUACUUGGGAAGCCUGCUGGAGGUAACAAAGGAAUUGGUGGCAACAGAAAUAUAGGCACUCCAAAUAAGAACCUGAACAAUAAUAGGAGCCCUAUGAAUCAACCUUCUCCAUAUACAGGUAGCCGAAAAGGAUCGACUGACUAUGGAGUUUUGAACAGAUCCAACACAGAUCAGUCGAUUGAGGGUUAUUAUCGCAGUGUUGAAACUGAGUCCUUAUCUGAUUUCUCUGAUUGUGCUGAAACUGCUGACAAUCAUAACCCUGAUUCGAUAUACUCCAGCUCAACAUAUGUUGCUCCUCCUCCUUACUCUUCUAUUACUGCUCCUACUACUACUACUACUACUGAUAUCAAAGAUGCUGAUAGUAGGAAUCCGUUUGGUGACCCCGACAGUGAUGAUUGGCUUGAUGACACAACAUUGGUGGAUGAUAACCGACCAGGUGUGCCAGUGCGCGCUCUGUAUGAUUAUAGUGCAACAGCUCCAGAUGAGCUGACUUUCAAAGCAGGUGAAAUGUUCACUAAACUUUCUGAUCCUGAUGAAUUGGGGUGGUGCAAAGGACGCAAAGACGGUCGAGUAGGCCUCUACCCAGCCACCUAUGUGGAACCACUGUGAAAACACUUAGAUAAUACGCUAAUAUAGCCCUUUUAUUAUCACACAAGACCUUUUUUGCCCUGACCUGGAGUAUAAUAUCAAAACUGGAAAAAAAAAAAAAAAAUUACACAUUAACAUUGAAUAUCUGUAUAAUCCUUCUCAUGGUACCAAUUAUAGCUUCCCUUGUCUGAAGAUUUAUUGUGCAACAACCAUAUCUAUAGCUUAACUUUUCACACACACACACACACACACUCACACAUCAACACAGUCAAAAAGUGACAGAUUCCUUGUGACUUUAGUCCAGUAUUGGACCUUAUGUUCAAUAUUCCCACUGAGUCUGUUUUUAAUGAUAAUCAAAUUGGUUUGUACGACAUUGAACAGAGUUCAAGAUGUAAUCCCUAUGAAUUGUAAACCAAUUUAGAAUUGAUUUCACCUUCAAUCAGUUAUUGAUGGUUUCCUAUUAGAUUAUUGGCAGAAAGGUCACUACAUUUAGUCCAAACAGUCCAACUACAGUAAACUUCUACAUGGUAUACAUUGUUCAAGGGGGUAGGGGAAUAUUAAACAGAAUUUUAUAUGUAUGUAUGCAUGUGUGUGUAUGUGUAUAUAUAAGUUUGCAUAUAUCUGUGUAUGCUUGUCUGUAUGUAUACAUGUAAGUUUACAUAGAUAUAUAUAAGUGCGUGUGUGUGUAUAUAUAUGCAUGUAUGUAUAUAUAUGUUUGUGUGUGUCUAUAUAUAUAUAUGUAUAUAUAUAUAUUUAUGCAUAUAUGUAUGCGUGCAUGUGAAUGCGUGUAUGAUAUAUCUAUAUUGCUAUAUAUCUAUAUAUAUAUAGCAAUAAAGUUGUUAAAAAUUUCUCCAUUUUCAUUUUUGUUAUGUUAGUAAUACAGAUUAUAUACAGAAGUAGCUUAACUGUCUUGCUAAUACAGAUGAUGAUGAUGAAGGUACAAUUUACAGAUUAAUUGCCAUAGAAAUUAAUACAAGUUAGAUUGCAAUACUGGAAGUCUAAAUCUCCUAGCAAAGCAGAUUAUUCUACAAUGGUUGAGAUUAAUGAUAUAAGAGUAAUUGUUGGAAACAAACAAACAAGAAAGAAAGAAAAAAAAAAAACCUUGAACUGCAAUAUAAUUAAUUAUUCUGCAAAACUCCUUCACACUGUUAUCCUAAAACUCUACACAUUUUAAUGGAUGGGCUUUACAAAAAAAAGAUGAAACAAAAGUUAGCUGAGCAAUAAAUGGUAUUUUAUCAA